GGGAGGGGUUUGCUUUUGCAGAGCUCGGGAGAACUGGGGUGGGGGCUGCAGAGAAGCAGCAGGAGGAGAGAGGAGCCUUGCAGCAGCCGCAUCCGGGGGAGGUUUACUUGCAACCCGUUCAUGAGAAAGGAAGGAAUACAAGUUAACAAAAGCAAAACAAAGUGAAUAAAGGCAACUUUUGAAAGACAGAGGUGGCCCAAGAGAAGGGGAAGGAGAUGGAAGAGCAGGACCCAGAAGGACCAGGAACUGGCAAGAGAGCAAGAAAGAGCCCCCAUCCCAUCCCACCUGUAAGUGAUGCUGAAUUCUGGGAAAGGGCUGUGUCAGAGGCCCUGGCUAAGGACACCGUGACCUCAGAUGUGUGCAGCCGAUGCUUCCGGCAGUUCCGCUACCAUGAGGCCGAUGGGCCCCGAGAGGUUUGCAGCCAGCUCCAUGGACUUUGCAUCCAGUGGCUGAAGCCGGAGAGGCACACCAAGAAGCAGAUCCUGGACCUGGUGAUCCUGGAGCAGUUCCUGACUCUCCUGCCCCAGGAAAUGCAAGGCUGGGUCAGAGGAUGUGGGCCGGAGACCAGUUCCCAGGCAGUGGCCCUGGCUGAAGGUUUCCUCCUGAGUCAGGCAGAGGAGAAGAGGCAGGCAGAACAGAUGCUGGGACCACCUUUGGAGAUGGAAGCUGCAAUCCCUGAGGCAGAAGGAGCUUUCUUGGAGCAGGGGCAGAGGGUGCCGGCGGUGGAGCGUGCCCAAGAUGCCCUCUCCUGUGGAACAGGCAGUGAAGAGAUGCCAUUGAGCCAUUGUCUUUUCAGAGGUGUGGAAACAGCAGCUGCACCUGCAAUCCAGGGUCCCUUUUCCUUUGAGGAGGUGUCCGUCUCUUUCACGGAGGCAGAGUGGGCCCUGCUGGAUCCGGGACAAAGAGCUCUGCACAGGGAAGUCAUUCUGGAGAACUACGGGAAUGUGGCCUCUCUGGAAUCAGCAUUGCUGUCAGAUGGCCUCAGUUGCCCUUCUGCAAGUACACACACAUGAACAACGCAAGAAGCUGCUAUGUAAUGAAUCAGUCCCUUGGUCCUCUAUUACAAUAAUCGGAUCACAGAGCUUUAUUUUGUCAAUUUGUUAUAUAUUUCAUAUUUGUAUAUUGUACAUUCAUUUUGGUACCCCUUGUUGAAGCGUGGAAUUGUUAGAAUUGUUCUGGCUGGAGGCUGUAAUAAAAUUUCAUUCGUAUCA